ACGGCCCCUCCGCGCUCCGCCUCCCGGCUCUUGGUGCCGGCGCCGCCACCGCCACCCGGGCCCAAGCGCGGCCAUGGAGCCGGAGAGCGAGUGCCGGGUGCUCUCCAUCCAGAGCCACGUCGUCCGCGGAUACGUGGGCAACAAAGCGGCCACCUUCCCCCUGCAGGUUUUGGGAUUUGAAGUUGAUACGGUGAACUCUGUCCAGUUCUCAAACCACACAGGUUAUUCCCACUGGAAGGGUCAGGUGUUAAAUUCAAAUGAACUUCAUGAGCUGUAUGAAGGACUGAAGCUGAACAAGGUCAACCGCUAUGAUUACGUACUCACAGGGUAUACAAGAGACACAUCGUUUCUUGCAAUGGUGGUGGAUAUUAUCCAGGAGUUGAAGCAACAGAAUUCUAACUUAGUAUAUGUAUGCGAUCCAGUGAUGGGUGACAAAUGGAAUGGAGAAGGCUCUAUGUAUGUGCCCAAGGAUCUCCUCCCAGUCUACAGGGACAAAGUUGUGCCUGUUGCUGAUAUAAUUACUCCUAACCAGUUUGAAGCUGAGUUACUCACGGGCAGGAAGAUUCACACAGAAAAAGAAGCUUUAGAGGUAAUGGACAUGCUUCAUGCCAUGGGACCAGAGACUGUGGUGAUCACCAGCUCAGAUCUACAGGCACCUCUAGGAAAUGACUACCUGAUUGCUCUGGGAAGCCACAGAAUAACUAAAGCAGAUGGCACCAAGAUAACGCAGAGGAUUCGAGUGGAGUCUCCUAAAGUGGAUGCUGUCUUUGUUGGAACUGGAGACUUGUUUGCUGCUAUGCUUUUGGCAUGGACACAUAAGCAUCCAAACAAUUUGAAGGUCGCAUGUGAAAAGACUGUGUCAGCCAUGCAACAUGUUCUGCAAAGGACCAUUAAGAGUGCAAAAGCACUAGCUGGAGAAGGAAACAAACCAAACUCAGCCCAGCUUGAACUAAGAAUGGUCCAAAGCAAAAAGGACAUAGAAAACCCAGAGAUCAUAGUGAAAGCCACCGUGUUAUAAAGGCUGUACAUCUCUAAUAACGCACAAUGUAUUGAUGUCCUCAUUUCUUUCCUGUAAAUUGUAAUAUUUGCCUUAGAUCUGUGACAGAAACCUGACUUUCAUAAAAUAGUGCCCAGCAUAGGCAGAUAUCCACUCUCAAACAUAUGUGCUGGCCUUGCUCAGUUUUAAAAACAAAACAGUGUGCAUUGAAGUGUAAUACCAGGUAUCAAAAUAGCUGUCAAAUUCACCUAGUCUGUGUAAUUACCCAGGCAAGAGAGUACAAUGUUUCUGCCUUGCCAAAGACUUUAUAUGUGAAUUUGGUAAUGGAAUGCUUGACUGAAUGGAAAAUAGAUUUCAAGAUGGCAUCUAGUGCCAAUGGAGCUGGCUCCACACUCCCUUUUCCUGGAGAUAUCUGGUUACCUACUCUGGUAUUCAGUAUCUCUGCUGCUAUGAAACUAAGCAGGGUUAAAACUACACAAAAAAUUCUGCUUGUGUGUAGAAGUACUUCAAAGAUGUUUGGCAUUUUAAGUACUCUGAAGUGACCUUGAGGUGUCAAUCAUGUUACUGAUAACUGCUCCUGUUUCUUGUCUAUGAACAGCUGCACAGUUUCAGUUUUUGCAGGUACUGGCUGCUUGUUUCUAAUGUCUGUAGGUACUCACAUAAUUUUCUUCCAAAAGCUGCUCCAGAAAGGUCUUCAUCAGUAACAUAUUAUCUUUAUUCAGUAGAAGUUUGUAGUUCUACCUCUGAGGCCAGGUUUGAUGCUUUGUUUAGUUUUUAACUAAAGACAAAUGUUCUGUAGGGACAAAAGAGAAAGCAAGCUCUUGCCCUGAAAGCUGUCUACCCUAGUUUGUUCUUCAUGGGUGAAUGUAUUUACCAGCCACAUAGGGCACUUCCACUUAACAAUAGUGAGCACUAUUGGCAGGCUUAUCAAUGAAGCAAUAUGGUAUAAGUAAUAUUUUUAGUUUAGUAAGGUUUAGUAAGUUACAUAUGUUUACUAAACAAAGUGAAACACAGACUUAAUUUGCUCAUAAUGAAAGCCUCUGCAGCCUACACUAAUUAGAGAUGAUAGAAAAGCAUUAUUACUAAUGCAUCUUUAUUUAAAAAUUCUGCUUUGCAAAGCUUCAAAAUGGGAUUCUUAACCAUUUCAGUGCCCUACACAUCACAGCACAUAUUGUACCAGUAGGGCAGAUAGGAACUACCACUCUUGCUUUUGUACUUUUCCCAUAUGGGACUGAGGUUCUUGUCUCUCCCGAGAUGAAGUCUGAUGUGUUGUUGUAUCCAAAUUCAUUUGAUGAACUUUAGUUGUAUCAGAAGGCACAGGGAGAUUAAAAUUGUAUUUCUACUUGCAGUGGUGUGAAGCAAACUUGCCUUAGAGGGAAGGGAUGAGUUUUUCUUGGAAUACCUGAGUAUGCUCAGGAAACUCACUCCUGGAUGUCUCCCAGAUACUUUUCUUUCCCCUUCCUCAUCACACUUGCCUAACUUACAGCAUCACCUACAUAGCUUGGGGGUCUCCAGUAGAGCUGGCUUGGAGAUAGCCUUGGCCACUGAAGUCUUUUCUUGUCACACCAUUUUUUGUGGAUUUUCUGCCAUUGCAAUUAAUUGGUUUCACCUAGUAGAAGAGUAAUUUAUCUUUGAAAUGAAUUUUUAACUGAACAAAUUUUAUUCAUAGAGUAAGAUUUCAUAAUUGAUACAUUCAUUUUCAGUAUCUCUGAAGAAAAUGAAAUUUUUAAGAGAUGAAUAUAUUUUGCACUAAAUCUAAGAGGCAAACUUCAGGCUUUCACUUUCAACAACUAAUAAUGAUGUUAUUUCCUUUCCUGCAUUUGACAUUGAAAAUGAAAAAAAAUAUUCCUGUGACUUGAGAAUUUUAAGGCAAAAAGCCCCAGAAAUCACCUACAAAACACGACUCUAUUGCCACAAUCCUUAGCAACCACUGCCAUGAAGUAACUUUAUAGCAAUAAUAAUUUUGUUGAUGUGAACAGUAGCUAAAAUUAGCAGUCAGUAACAGAGAUGAUCUUAUGGCUAAAAUCCAACAUGUAAAAAGACAUGAAUAUCUUUAUAGUGUGUAUAAGUAUCUGAUUGGAAGCAGUGAAGAAGGAGCCAGGCUCUUCUCAAUGGUGUGCAGCAAGGGCAUAAGAGGCAGUGGACAUAAAUAGAAAUAUGGGAAAUGCCAUUUAAACAUUAAAAAAAAUACAACUCACUGUGAUGGUCAUCAAACACUGUCUCAGGUUGCCCGGAGAGAUCGUGGAGUCUCCAUCCUUGGAGAUGCACAAAGCCUGACUGAACAUGAUCCUGAGUAAUCUGCUGUACUUGACCCUGCUUGCACAGUGGGGUCUGACUGGAUGAGCUCCAGAGGUCCCUUCCAACUUCAACCAUUCUGUGAUUCUGUGAAGUACCAUGAAUUGCCUUUCUUUGCAGCUCUGCAUUUUUCAGUUGAUGCAAAUAUUUUUAUUUUCUUUUCUGUUCCUGAGACACAAGCUUCCAGAUAGGCUAGGAAGUAGCUCAGCAUUAAUAAUAUCCCCUCUUUUAUAUAAGCUGCUUUUUAACAGGGUGGUUGUGCCAGGAAUACAAUUGCCUUUCUUGAGAUAGUUGCUUUCUGCAGUUAUAUUUAAAUACCUUAGCUGGUGAUGCAUUUCAGCAGUUGAACACAAAAGGAUUUUAUCUGUUUCUAGCAUUGAUUAGAGAAGUGUUGCAUGCCAUAUUCCAGACAUUUUGUAUUUGACUUUUUCAUGUGGAAUAUAUAAUCCCUACCACCCUCUUGGGAAGAAGGGAUCAACAUACUGAACUUCCCUGCCUCUACCUAUCCUGGUCAACUUUGUGGCAUUAUGCUUGACACCCUAACCCAGCUGUAUCCAGUUUUGCAGCUACCAUCGGACACAUACAAAAACUUUCAGAUGCCCAAGCUUUAAAACCUCUACCGUGUCUCUCAGUUUGCCAAGAAUUAGAUAAAUCCCAGGGGCAAUCCACAUGCAGUAAGUGGCACUUGCUUUCUAGCCUAACAUAGCUCCAGCACAGAGCUUUGGUGGGUCUAGAGCCAGGGCUGUGGAUUGCCUGGCAUCCCCAGCACCAGCAUCAGCCUCAUUGCCUGUCUCAUAGCUUGGCUUGGCUUGGGAGCUGCAUGAGAAUUGAAUUGAGAGCCAUAUGGUGUCCAUCUCUGCAGUGCAUCUCAUCUGUGCAAAAUUGGGGUUCUUCAGUUCCUCACAUAAGGGUAUCAAUAGGAGCAACAAGCUUAAAAUUGGCAAAUUGGCUUUUGUGUUUUUUUUUUUUAAAGCAGCAUUAAGCACUGUCAAAAUUCGCUGUCAAGUAUGAGGCAGCACAACUGGUUUGGGCUCUAAAAACAGACUUUCACAAGGGAUUUGAGAGAAAGGCAGGAUGGUUUUCUCUGAAAUAAAGCAGCUUGGAAAUUAGGAAGCUUAAAGCUACCUUACGAACCAGGUUUCAUCUGUAAAUCAUAGUGAACCCUGAUCUUGCCAUAAGAGAGGAACUGAGGUGUUUGUCAGAGCUGUUAAUUCCUGUCAGGUGUGAUCUUCUCCCAGUGCUUCAAAGAAAGAAUCAGCCCAGGAAUUCCAGUAAUUCACAGCUUCCUUAGAAUCAGUGGCAUACUAAUGCUACGAAAACAAAAAACAUAAAAAAACAACAAAACAAAACAGAAAAACAAAAAAACCCAACCCACCCAAACCAACCAACAACAACAACAACAACAAAAAAACCAAACAAAAAAACAACAAAAAAGAGUAAUGGUCCUAAUGUGCUCGAUAUGCAGAAGUUCCUAUUUUGGAGUAGCUGGAUUCUGUAGCAAUGGGCUGCUGGCUGCUUCUGCUUGAGUCCCCAGGAUGUGCUCAUGUGGUAUCUGUCUUAAGCUCCCACUGACCUGAUCUAAAUUAGGUUAGAUUUGUCUUCAGUGAAGAAUUGGGUUUAACAUCUCUUGCCAGCAACUUAUAUCAGAAAUUAUCUGUAAAUAUAUUCUGUAGCUAAUAUUUUGUAAUCACAACAGGUUAACAAGGAUUUUUGAAUGUCAGUGUAUACAUACUUAGAAAAAUUUUUGUUCAGAGUUACACAGCACUUUUCUCAUAAAGUUUGCAGAGCAAAAUUCCAAGUCUCAACACGGUCCCAUCCAACUUUCUAUUUCCUCCUCACCUCCUGCAUAUAGUACUUGUAUCUGUUUCUGGGUUCCCAUUGUUUUUCUGGUGCAUCUGAGAAGUGUCUCAGCAUUAGACAGCUGCCCAAAAUUUGAGGGCUUGGAGCAGACAUCAGGGUUGUUUGGUCAACUUGCAGAUCCUUACAUAAAGAAAAAUGGUUAGUAGUCUAAACCAGUUUUGGUCUGACUACAGGAGAAUGAGCACUUUAGCCCAGCAGGUGGAGUUAAUAACUAAAGGAUAAUCUCCCACGACCAUCCUAAUAGCAUGGAAAGUGUCUGUAAUGCCCCAGUCCAGCAUUCAUCAGGUAGGGACUGCUCACUGGGGUGCCACUGGAGCUCCCACACCUCUGUGUGAAGUCAGCACUGGAGCAGCUUUAAUGCUGAGGGACCUGUGCACGUGGCAGUGGGAAAUGCUCUGUGUUUGUGUCCAGCUGACUCUCCCACCAUUCUUUCUUAUCUCAUACUGAAGGUAAUUUGUGCUGGAUCUCUUUUUUUUUUUUUUUUUUUUUUUUUUUCUGGAAUAACUUGAGCAGUGUGUGUGGUCAGCCAUUUUGAUUACUGCCUUUGCAGAGCCCUUGUGCAGGAGAGACCAGAAGCUGUUUAAAUGUUCUGCUCUAUUCUGGGCCCAGAUUAGUCUCUACAUUCUUAAAAUUCUGAAAUACCUCUUCAGGAGACAUGCAUAAGUACAUUGUGUUAAAAUCAGUGCUAUUCACAUUCAAUAUAAACAUUUUGGAAAUCUGUGGGAUGAAUCCUUAACUUUAAUGUUUGUUUGCUGAUUUUUAUCAUAGAUGGGAAAAAUAAUCAAUGUGUUACACAAAAAAAUCAGAGGACCAAGGUUUCCAGCUACUCAUACUGCCUUUUUGAGUAUCUUAACUGUAUCUUGAUUGGAUGGUGUUAAUUUGUUGUCUGAGACUGUUAUGGUGAUUGCAUUGAUUUAUUUUAUUUUAAACUAUGUGGCAAGGACGAUUGCAAUAAAAUCAUCGGCGUUUAACAUACUGUGCACACACAAAUUGUUAGAUCCUGUUUUUGAAUAUGUUCAUCAUUAUUUUGGAAUUAAACAGAACAAGAACAGUUCCUAGUCUUGCUGAAUAAAGUGGAUGUAGUUAAAGGUUUCCUUAGUUAUAUACUGGUAUAGAAAAAAGGCCAAUUAAUGGAAGACUGCACAUUUAUGAACUGUAAUAAUCUCACUGCAAGAUAGUAGUUGUGUGGAAGUGAGUAACAUUCUUGUCAUCUUGAUUUAUUUUUUUUUAAGAAAUUUUGUGAGAAGGCAGCUUCUGGAAUUCUCUGCCACUGCCCUUGUAUGCCUCUUACUUGGACAUGUAGGAUCUUUCUGUAUUGUGCUCUAUAUUCUUGCAUAUAAGGUGAGAAGAGGGGCUUGGAAUAAGAACCACAACUCAUUUUUGAAAUGUUUCUUCUACAGCAUUUCUUGUGAAGCCCUCCACAGAGCAAUUUUAAUCUUGUUGCAUAGGUUAGAGCAUACAAGACUGUACAGUCAGAAACAAUUGUUCCUGCAUGUCAGAACGUGUGCUUCUGUCAGUACUGCAGCCUCACUGCUACAGCAGUGUUUUGCCAAAGGAAGAGAGCAGGUAUCCAGUUUAAUGAGAUCAUUAAUUAUUGGAGAAGGUGCUAUGUCAGUAUGCUUAUGCCUACUGGAGAAGUUAGGCUUAUGUUUAUACUAAAAAGCACCUCUUCUGAGUAAAAGUCCCUGCCCAUUUAAAUAAUGCCUUUAAAAGCUGAGACAUAAAUGUUGGAAAACCAGAAUAUUUCUUCGUCAAUGGGAACACAACCUGUUCUUGCUCACUGAACUUCUGUUAGAGUCACAGGAUAAGAUCAUUCAGACAGCUGCUCUUCAUGCAAGGUGUUUGCUUCUAAUAAGUGAGAGCCUACUGGUGAACAAGUUUGUACCUUUCUAGAACAUGCCAGUUAAAGAUGUAUGUAAACCAUGGAAACAAAGCUUUGAGGCGUUCAAUCACAGCCCCCCAAAAUAGCUAUUUCCCUUUGAAUCAAUGAGUAAAGCAGUGAGUUGAUACAUGUGUGCAGGAGCAAGUUUAAGGUAAAUCCAUGCAAUUCAAUCUGAAGCUGGAGGAGUGUGCCCAAAGUGCCCGCUGAGGGGAGUUGGUUGCAGAAUGCAAGGGAGCUGCUGUCAUCAGUCUGGAGAGCCCAAGCUAGGUUUCACACAUUCCAGCAGGGGAGACUGCAGUUUGGUUUUCAACAGCCUAGAAAAGCUCCCGCCUGCUUCACCAGGAAACCAGUGCCAGGUGACAGGCCCCAGUGCCUCCAGUUUGGUGCUUUUACUUCUCCAGCAGCAGCGGACCUUGAGGCAAAGAGGAUGCUCCCAAGCACGCUCGCAUUCCUGACUUAGUGCCUCCACAGUGCAAGUGAUAGUAAUAAAUCCACAAUGUGCAGAGCAGUGAACAAGGCAGCACAUAAUUCAGAGAGAGAAAACCAGCAAUAUGAGAAGGCAGUGCCAUAUGUUACCACUGAACCCACGUGUACUCCUUACCUGUUGCCCUCGUGGUUGCAUUGCUAUUUAGAAAAAAAUGUGUGCGUAGAAGAGUAAUAUAUGUACUCUGUGUGUGUAUGUGUGUGUGUGUGUAUGUUGAAGCUUUAUUUGCAAUGUGGUGGGGGUGGGAAACAAUUUGGGGGCUGGCUGUGUAGGCCUUCAGGAUGUGAGCAGAAGGUCUUAAAGAAUUAUAUUUUUAUAGAUUGUGAUGAAGCUUUGGGUCCCAGCCACACAUGGCCUUUUCUUCCAGAAAAGUAAAAUGUUAUGGAAAGAAAGUCAGGUGGCUGUAAUAUAGUAGGGAUAGUACAACCCCACCAGCCCUGGACAAACUGAAAUAACUUGAUAAAAGAUGCCUUUUUAAGUAAUAUUUUUUUAGUGCUGAAUUGUUAAACAAAGAAAUAUUUAUGAGCAAACUUUCUAUGUACUUAAAGUUUGUGUGGUGCUUUGUACUGACUAGGUGGACCUGUUACAUGUUUACACAUCUUAAUGAUUGUCCUCGAGGCGUAUGUAGUAAUUCAAUGACUUUUAUGCCAGAAAAACAAUGAAGUUCUGUGUAAUGGCAAAUUAUUUAAUUUCUGAUGAAACUGUAGGCUUUUUGUAGUAUUUGUGUAUUUUCUGGUUGGCAGUUACGAGUUAUAUUCUUUCUGCAGUAUGGCAUGUGUGCUUGUUUGUAGAGAGGCAGUAGGAUGGUAGAUACCAUUGUUUAAAAAGAAAACCCUAAAUAUUGCUACCUUAUCCAUUGCAAAAUGAGAUAAGUUGUGGCCUAAGCCUGACAAACUUUACAGUGGGAUGGAGUAUCAAAUAGACCUAGAGCAGGAUAAAAUAGGUGAGGGAUUUUUUGAUUUAAUAAAAUAAGACUUGAGGGAUCUUAUAGUGUCUUAGCAGCAUGUGAGCAGAUGAGCCAAGAGACUGGAACAAAAGCAGCUAAUUCACAUUUUAUGAACCUGGCUGAGCUGACUUCAUAGCUUGUGCUGUACACGUGUAACACAUAGGUGAGUAGGCUACAUGGGAGAAGGCCAAGGACAUUUUCAUUGUAAUUUGUCAGUUGUAAUAAGUGAAAUAUUUUAGUAGAGUGAUCUGAAUUUAAAUUCAUAAAUAUAUUACCUUUCGGAAGAGUCAAGUUACCAACAAAAUCCCAUUCAGUCAAAAAGCAAGUUGCUAGCAUGUUUGAAAAACAGAGCAUGAUUUUUACAUCUUGCAGUACUUAGUUGAGUCUUUGUUUCUUAUGGCUAAAGCACGACUCUCCAUUUUUUAUAUAUUGUUUUGGUUGUCAUUUGGGAGCUUUCUAGAAAGCGCAUGGGUCUGCAACAUAAAUCAGUUUAUGGAGCAUGUCCUUCCACUGAAUGUUGUGAUGUGGAAAAACUGAGCACCAUCAAUCAUGUCUCUUUUGAAAACCAUGGCAGAUUCCCCACCGUGCUUCUCAAUAAAUCACUGCUGCAAAAAAGGAGGGGAGAAUUUAUCAAAAAGGUUUUCUCCCAAGAUUUCCCGAGUUCUGGAUAUAAUGAAGGAAAAGUACUUCUGCUUUGCUGAGUAAGCAGGAAAAGUAUCAUCAAGAUUAAUAGUGCAUUGCCAGGGUGAAAGGCUGUGGAAGGGAACAGCUCUGGUUUGCAUUCUUGACUGUGCCUGUGUGUUCCUCCCCUGGGAAUAUGUGGGUGCUCUGUACCCAUGGUGGUGUCAGGGUGACUGUUUUGCCUGUACCCUCCCUUGGGGGAAAUGUGGAGGAGUUAUUCUGAGCGGGAGGGAGAUGAAGUCUGUGUGAAGUUGUUGGGUUGUUCAUUUUAAAGUGCUGUACCAGAGCUCUGGCUUAGCACAAUUCUUUCUGUGUGCACUUGAAGAGGCAUGAUGAGCAGCACAUUGUGGCUGCCAUGUCAAGUGCCAGGGUAUUCAUUCUCCUCCCUGUUUCAGGGAUCGACUUUAGCCAUGUGAUUUACCUGGGUUUCUUCAAUAGGCCAUAGAGAAAUGAGACUUAUUCAGAUGAUUUAGGGUAUGCUUUGGAGAAGUAGAGAUUUACCAGCUGUUAUAAUAGAACAUCCAGCUCAGCUGCACCGUAAAACUGCACUUUAACCUUCCUCUCCCAUUGCUUGUACGGGCACUGGUACUUGUCUGCUCCCAACAGGAGUGAAGAAGCUUAACCUGGGGAAGUUUUCCAGCCCAAAUCCCUAAGGAGAGGUUGGGAAGAUGCAUCCGAACAAAAUGGGGGAGAAUAGAAGGGGGUUGCCUCUUUUCCUGGCAGUGAGCUGCUACGUGAGGAGAACCUAAUUGCAAAGCUGCACUGCUAGUGGUGAAAAAAUUAAGUCCUUGUCAGCUACGAGCUUGAAAGAGGAGCUGCAGAUCUAGUAAUCUGACUUUUGUGUUGUGAAUCCAGCCUGUCCCCUGGACCCCAAAAACAUAGCAGUACUAAAAGAUUUGGUGUGACUGUUCAUUCUGAUUUCAGUGAUGGUUGUGCCUAGCAGAGUAGAAAAUAAUGUAGAAUAAAGCAGUUACCUAACUAGAGAACAUUCGAAGAUCCAGGUGGAGCAAGUUUAGAGCCCACUUUGAUGGCAUUUGCAUGAAGUCAGUUGUCCAGGUCUGGAUCUUCUCUUUCCUGUCCCCUUUCAGUAUGGAAUCACAUAAAUAUAUAAAUGAAUGAAUGAAGAAAGAAAGGGAUGGAAAGGAAGGGGAGGAAGGGAGGGAGGAAAGGAAAGGAAAGGAAAGGAAAGGAAAGGAAAGGAAAGGAAAGGAAAGGAAAGGAAAGGAAAGGAAAGGAAAGGAAAGGAAAGGAAAAAGAAGUAAACCUGAGAAUUUAAGUGGCAUUAAUGUUUAUUAUUUUCCUAGAGAUUUUUUGAAAUUACCACACCAAAGGUUUCCCAUUCAUAAGGGAUAUUCAGAAGGUGCUUUGCCAGGUGGUGUAGUGUAGCCUGUCACAGCUGGCUUGGAGCACUGCAAGCUUCUUGUGAUGCACCUAUGACAGGUGACACUGGGGGUACUGCUGUCCUGUGGCCUGUGUUUCAUACAGCACAUGUAUUCUCGUGCCUUGCUAGGGAAGAAAACUGCAGGGCUUAUUGCUGGAAAUACAAUGACAGAAGGAAACGCUGAAGGAUUUAGCACCCUUCAGUCAUCUUCUAAUUUGCUGUCAGUGAUUGUUCAUGCAAUGUAUCCCUCUCAGGAUUGUUUUCUUACCAGGAGAUGGGAGGGUGACUGCCUAAAUGCAAUUUUCACAUGCUUUUAGUUGGCUGAAUGGGAAGUAAGAAUCAAAAUCAUUAAAAAUGGAGGCAAGGGAUAGCAGUGAAUUUUCUAAAAAACUUGAAAUUUGUCUCUAAUUCAGAAGUAAUUCAAUAUUGACCAAGUGAGUGUUAUGUCUUCAGUGGGGAGUAGCAGCUGGAAAGAGGCCAAUAUUUAGGGUUUUUGCCCAAAGCACAUACAGUCCUGCUCUACUGUUUAGUGAAAACACCCAGUGCAGAUGCCACCAGAACCUCAUCUCGUGGAGUAACACUGUAGUAAAGAAUGUGGUUUUCUUGUGAAAGUCUUAACCUCCUCUGUUUAAAAUAACACACAACUCAGUAUUUUCAUGGUGUAUAAGUGAAAUGUAAUUUUUUUUUUUCAAUAAAAUACUUUUCCUUUCCUA